CCGAGAGUCUGCCGCUUCUUGGAGUCUCGAUCGAAUGCUCGAGUUCGAGCUUAAUCGUUUGCGCUUAAACCUAGAUCCUCAUUGCUGCCGACCUCCGACUGACAACCAUUCAACACCCGGACGUGUCAUGCGUCGCUCUUCGGUGUACGAGCAAUCCUUGAGUCGCUGCAAAAUGGCCCGGAGCUUCAAUUUAUCUGACGUUUGAAUCUCUCGCAGUUGGCAGGACGGCAUUCUUUUCGUCUUUUUAUGGAAUGGGGUUGUCUGACGGAGUUCCGGACUUGACAACAUGGAGUUGGGAAGAAAUUAUGAGGUUAUGGGGAUGAUCACGUGUUCUGCGUUGCGUUCGCCCUCGGGAAUAGCGCCUGUACAAUACCACAGCUUCCCCAGGCAAUGAUUGGGGCCAAAUUGAAUACCCUGAUCGUAUCUAAAAGUUACAGCAAUCUGUUUCUCGUACAUCGUAUGGUGUAUGGAAUCUUUGGACCGUACCAGGAGGCGGUAAAUAUACGAGCGGAUCUUACUGCAACAGUGAGCCAGGUUGACUGCUGAUGAUAUUUGAGGAAAACCCGGAGAGUGUUGUCACUGUGGAAGACCUGAAGUCCGUUCAGUGGGGUUAGUUAUAGCUGCAGAGGCAAAGGCAGAAAUCCUCGAAAAACAGACAUGAAGAUGGACAAUUUGCGUAUAUGGAUUACAGAGUUUGUAGGGAGCAGCCUGCGAUAGAUGGAGCUAGAUCAUGGCUGGAGAGGACUUUCCGCGGGAAGAAGAUUCGAAACAAGGCUAUCAUGCAAAGAUGCAGGCGUUGACCUGCAACGAUUCUAUAAUGCUCCGAGCUGCGGGUCACACUUUGCAGUCCUGCUUCUCGCCCGAAACUCCUGCAUUGCCUGACUCGCCGACAGAUUCUCACAUGUCCAUGGAUCCUCCAGCCACCUUCACCGAGCAGGAAGACGAAUUUUUGAGAGAGCUUGUCAAGCGCCAUGGUACCAAAAAGUGGCAUAUAAUUUCCGCAAAGAUGCACAACAAGACUCCGCGCGAAUGUAGGAAGAGGUGGAGAACAUAUCUUCACAUGUGUAUGAACAAAAGUAGCUGGAGUGAAGAGGAAGACCGUCUUCUGAUCGAGGGGCACAAUGCAUACGGUAAUCGGUGGACAGAAAUCGCGAAGAUGGUUCCAGGCAGGACAGACAAUGCCGUUAAGAAUCGUUACAACGCCCUUUGCAAAAAACGUUCGCACCGAUCCAGCAAAGCAGUGUCUCUUGGUGGUAUGCCUGUCAUGGAAACGUCUGACGAAACAGAUAUGUUGAUGAAAGACAUGGCCAAGAGAGCGAAGAAGCUGAAGAGCAGGGAUGAAGGAUUAGGUUUGUAUAUACCCAGCGUAAACAGGAGCUUGGGCGCCAAGCACAACUUAUCCAUAGAGAUCCCAGGGGACAGUGAUGUACUUCGUGCUGAAGGAAGUCGGAAGCCCUUGACCGCGCUGAACAUGUCAGAUUCCACUUCUUUACAAGAGCUCAGAGAUGCAGGAGAUUCAAAUUCCCCAAGGGAUGGGCAAGUGGACAUGGACGAAGUAAUGGGCUGGCUACUGGCCAGAACACCUACACCAACAUGCAACGGAAGUGGAAACUCGAACUCCACUGUCACAUCUAGCGCUUCGACCUCUCCGUCGAGGCCCAAUGAACACAUAUACUCAAGCGAUCAAGGCAACCAUCAAGUAACAUCACUUUUGAAGGAUUCAUGUCAAAAAUGCACGUCGUUUACAUCUUCCACAUCACACCAACUCCCAGAUGAAGAUGAUGAACAAUGACGAUGUGGCUGAAAUGCAGUACUAAGUGACCCGUCUGGGAGUAAGAAUGAUGUUUGCUACUCCAGACACAAACUUGUGAGACCCCCCUAAUUUCGCUUGCGCCACAAAUGCACAUACUCUCUGUAUCCAGAGUUCUCCGAAGUCUGUCAUGCAACAUAUUUACAACGAGAUUCACAAAAUUUUGAACGUUUGAUCUCCAUUAUAGGAAUUUACAUCUCACCUGUAGAGACCCUUGCCUUUGACCAAGUAGUACAUGAUAUCUCUUGCAAUCCUCAUUGAUCAGAUAUCAGCCUUCAGUAGUAUCAUUUUAUCCUGGGGGCCAAUUUCCUUGGCCAAUAUUGUUAUAUUAAAGGGUAGAAAGAUGUACCUCUGGUGCAUACAAUUUUGACUAGCAUGUCGAAUAUCCACAACGACUCUCCUCAAGUACUAGUAAUCACAUACUCUCAAGGGCUGGUGAUGAUGAGACACGUUUCUCCUCGACCAACCUCUUUGCCUACCUUUCUUGUAGAAACGGAGAUAAGAUUACUAGAUUAGGAUUCGUCGAAAAAUGUAUUGAAGGGAUAUUAAAUUAUCCGCUACUUUCUUCCCUCCCUGUAGUUUAACAAGUUAGUCCUAUUUGACUACAUGAAAACUACGAAGAAACCUUUAGACGUGCACAUGGCUUGAAAUUCAUCUACCAGCGAUCCAGAUGUCUGAAUGCUGACGAUACACCCAGUACUCCUUUAAGUUCCCACAAGUCAUGAAAGGCAAAAUGUCGUAUUAGGUGAUGGUCAACGUACCCAAAUCGAACUCAACACUGUUCAACUGUUCUGAUCGAAGUGAAACUUGAAGUAUGUAAGAAGCCUUCCACAUCAAUUAAAUCAUGACAAAA